UUGAUCAAAUACUGUUUGUCCCGCAAUCUUCUCAUAAAAUAUAACAAUGCUCAAGAUUACUAUACCUGUAGGUGUGCCGGGAUUCCAUACAUCCCUGCUGGGCAAACCAGGACAUUUCCGUGCGGUGGGAUAUCGUGGCGCGAUGUCAACAUUCUCCUCCCAGGAAAAGAGAAGUGCCUGACUUUGUGUGAGGUAGAACUGCACGCAAGCACCUUUCAGGCAGCCCUGCCUUCAACUGCCACUGAGACAGCUGUUACAGCUCCAAACCUAAACCUGGCCUGGCUGUGGGAUCUUCUGAGAUCCCUCAGAAGACUUGCCAUUCGGAGAGGCAACGUGGCGCUGAUAGGAAGAGCGACCCAGUUGUCCAAGCUAAGCCGUCUGACCCAUGCCGAGAACGCCAUCGAUGGUCGCCUGGAUGCAGAGUGCCUCUCUGGCUCCUGUGCCCACACCCGGCUUCAGAGCGACCCCUGGUGGAGGGUGGACCUGGCUGUUCGCAAAGUCACCUCCAUUACCGUCACUAACAGAGAGGACUGCUGCCCCUGGAGGCAGGACGCGGCAGAGAUUCUCAUCGGAAGCUCCCUGAAGAACAACGGCAACAGUAACCCUCAGUGUGCUGUGAUCUCAUCCAUAGCGGCUGGGGACUCUGUCACCUUCCAGUGCCACGGGAUGGAGGGACAUCAUCCGCCCGGGCUGCUUCAACCCGUGCUUGGUGGGUAUAUGAUGGAUUAGAAUUGGGGUAAAUUCAUAGAGAUGUACAAAAGAGCUCUUCCCCUAUCUUUGCAAUGGCCACUUCUGUGAGAGCAUGGGCAGCGCCAUUGAGGGCUGUCCCCAUUUUAAAGUUGUCCAUUUCUUCUUCUUCUACUUCUAUGAGUGUAUUGGCAGUACCAAAAUGAACUGAAAAGGUGCAUACCACUACCUACUUUGCUGGAAUGUGUAUAGUUUGAACAGAUAGAUUUACUGCCACCUGCAAUUAUGGAAUGUUUCCUCAUGUGUAUAAUUCAUUGGCUGAACACUCCUACUGACCUACUGUGAUCCUUCCUUAACCCAUUGCAAGUCCUACCCAGUUGACUACUUCAAAAUGGUGAAAAUCCUCAAUGCACAUGCCAGGUUGUGGGACACAUGCUACCUCUAACCAACUCAAUGGGUCAAUUACAUUUCAACACAGUUGAUUCACGGAAGGCCAAAUCCUAACUUCAAAUCGAUGUAUUUACCUCAAGUUUCAUGCAUUAGGAUUAGCCCUGAAAUGAGUUGACGUGGUAGUUUCAACCCUGCUUUUGCAUUGAUUUCCCUCACUUCUCGUCUUCUAUUUCUCCACUGACGAAGAGACCUAUAAUCAAAACAGUACAGACGAAGAGACGUUUGAUCAUGAGAAAAUAUCAAUUGAGACACAAUAUCCAGUUGAUACAGUGCAUGGUAAGUUACCCACAUAGUCUGCAAACUGCAAGCAAACCCUUUUGCUUUCGUUGUGUGUCACUAAGGCUGUUUACAUAGGCAGCUCACUUCUGAUAAUUUUUUCACUCAUUUGUCUUUUGACUAAUCAGAUUAGCUCUGAUUAUGAUCUGAUGUGAAAAGAUCUGAUGUGAUUGGUCAAAAGACAAAUUAUUGGGAAAAAGAUCAGAAUAGGGCUGCCUGUGUAAAUGCAGCCUAUUACACUUACAGUGCCUUCAGAAAGUAUUCACACCCCUUUGACUAUUUACACAUUUUGUUGUUACAGCCUGAAUUUAAAAUAGAUUAAAAAAAUAUUAAAAUGUCACUGGCACAAUAUCCUGAAUAUUUGUCCUGAAUACAAAAUGUUAUGUUUGGGGCAAAUCCAAUACAUUACUGAGUACCACUCUCCAUAUUUUCAAGCAUAGUUGUGGCUGCAGUAUGUUAU